GCUGAGGUUGCACUGCGUAGAGGCGCGWCCCCCAGGUGGUGGAUUGGGGAUCCCAGUUCCUGGUGUAUAGGGGUGUGCCCAAAUAAGCUGAAAGACGAAUAGGGUACCGCAAACCAAAAGCAGCCAGGCAGGUGGGGCUCGAUAGCCUUGAMAGGSAACCCACCUAGGAGAAGGAAAACUCUGAUGUAAAACCYGGGUACCGUCAACACUCAUCAGUCGUCUACCCCCGGUGGAUAGCAAGUUGACAAGAAUUUUAAAUUGAGCGGACAAGGGACCGGUCUGGUGGGGAACCAGGCUGGAUGGGCCAGUAAUAUUGUGACUGGAACAACCUUUACUCUGGCCCCAGGACAUGAUGCUUAUUUGUUGGUUCCUGGGCAACUGGAGAGUUUAGUGCCCUGGGGCUCAGUGACGGCGAUGGCUUCUGCCACUGCUGUCACUGUGUAUACAGGGAGUACCCAGUGCGAGUGUAGCCCCUUGACUGCACCCCAGUGAGGAGUGGUCGGAGCCUCACAAGCGCUGGGGUCUCCAGGUGAUGAGGACACCGACAUGUUGGUGUCCUCUGAUGGAGAAAAGGGUCCUAAUCUCUCUAGUUUUAGGGAUGAUUUUAUACAGAGCAACUUGCAUCAUUGUAAAGAUGCAAGUACAUUGUUGUGUACCUGCCUUAGUAGGAUGCAUUCAGGCAUAGCCUUGAUCCAGGAACCUUGGAUAGUUAAGCCUAUGGUACGAGGCCUGGGAUUCCCUGGGGGUACACUUCUAUAUGAUGUGAGCAGCCGCAGACCCAGAGCAGCAGUAGUCCUGACAACAGGUGUAAGAUACACUGCACAGCCCCACCUAACAACAGGUGAUGCUGUAGCAGUGCAGCUGGAUAUUGAGGCAAAUGGCGAAUCCAGACCGAUCAUUGCAGCCUCUGUUUAUUUGCCGUUUGAUUCACAGCAGCCACCUCCAUUUCAGAAGUUUGUGGCAAUAGUCGAUUAUGCUAAAGAAAAUGGCCUCCCGGUACUCAUUGGUUGUGAUGCCAAUUCCCAUCAUGUGUGCUGGAUGAGCUCUGAUAUUAACCCUGAAGGCAGAUCUCUAUUAGAAUACUUGCUGACAGAAGACCUGAUAGUCUUUAAUCAGGACAAUGUACCUACCUUAAAAACUGUUAAUAUGGAGGAGGUCAUUGAUAUAGCAGUUGGGUCUAUGGACCUGGUAAACAAAGUAUGUGACUGGGAAGUAUCCCCAGAGGAAACCAUGUCAGACCAUCGACAAAUUCAGUUUAAGCUGAGGAUGGGGAAACCAUACCCAGUCACUUACAGAAAACCAAAAAACACUGACUGGAACCUGUUUGUUAGCAGUUUAUCCCUGUUGAUGGGUGGGAGAAUUGCCAGGAUCAAAASUGUGCAAGACAUUGAAACAGAGGUCACAAGCAUGACUKAUGCUGUGCAAACUGCUUAUAAGUCUGCCUGUCCGGAGAAAGUCUGGAGGCCUUCAAAGCAGCCGGCCUGGUGGACUCCAGAGUUGUCUGGCCUCCGCAAGGCAGUAAGAUGUAAAUGGCAAAGAUACCGAUCCCAACCAAGCAAAACCAGGUGGGAACAGUAUGUAAAGUCCCGCAAUCACUAUAAAAGUGUUUUAAGGUAAUGUAAGAGACUUUCUUGGACAAAGUUUUUUGAAGAUGUUAAAGGGCCUAGUGCCUCUUCUAAGCUUUACAAACUUCUCAGAAAGGAUCCAGUCAACUAUCUAUCCUUCAUUAUUCCACCAGAAGGAUUGACAGUCACACAGACAAGUGUGCUUCAGCAUCUCCUCCAGGUACACUUUCCUGUGGCAGAAGAGACUGAACAGCCUGUCACAGUUGCUAACUCAAAUCCAACAGAAGACGACUGGAACAGAGCUGCAAGUAUUGUUACUAAAAGCAAAGUAAAAUGGGCAAUUAAUUUGUUAGACCCAUUCAAAGCUUGUGGUCCAGAUGGUAUUUUUUUGGUCUGUGUGAUGCCUGUGGCACUUAAUUAGAGACCUCUUUGUACUACUUAGGCUACUGCCUGGUUCUGAGUGGUCAAAGGAAAAGAAUUCUUGGAGACCCCCUUUAUGGAUCCUGAGAAUCUCAGAACACUGAGUGUU